CGCAGCUGGCUAUCUCUGUGUAUAUUAGGACGGCCGGUUCGCGGCCUGAGGAUACCCGCGGACAAGGGCAACGGUUUGGCUCGAUUCUUCAGCUUGAGUACCUGCCGCCGCCGCCGCCGCCGCUGCCGCCGCCGCCUACUCCUCCACAGAGUACCCCGCAGGAUCAGUGCAUAUCCUCUCGGACAUGGAGACUGUGGUUCGCCGCUGCCCAUUCUUAUCCCGAGUGCCUCAGGCCUUUCUGCAGAAGGCAGGCAAAUCCCUGUUGUUCUAUGCCCAAAACUGCCCUAAGAUGAUGGAAGUUGGGGUCAAGCCAGCCCCUCGGGCCCUGUCCACUUCAUCAGUACUCUGCCACCAGGUCAAGGAAACCCCUCCAGCCAAUGAGAAGGACAAAACUGCCAAAGCCGAGGUUCAGCAGGCUCCUGAUGGCUCCCAGCGGACCCCAGAUGGCACGCAGCUUCCAACUGGUCACCCCUCCCCUGCCUCGAGCCAGAGCACUGCAAGCAAAUGUCCUUUCCUGGCGGCCCAGAUGAGCCAGGGUGGCAGCAGCGUCUUCCGCAAAGCCAGCCUGGAGCUUCAGGAGGACGUGCAGGAAAUGCAUGCUGUGAGGGAAGAGGUUGCUCAAACCUCAGUGAAUCCCAGUGUGAUUAACGUGAAGACCGAUGGAGGGGAGCCGAGUGGACUGCUCAAGAACUUUCAGGAUAUCAUGCGAAAGCAGAGACCAGAAGGGGUCUCCCAUCUUCUUCAAGAUAACUUGCCAAAAUCUGUUUCCACUUUUCAGUAUGAUCGUUUCUUUGAGAAGAAAAUUGAUGAGAAAAAAAAUGACCAUACAUAUCGGGUUUUCAAAACUGUGAACCGGAGGGCGCAGUGCUUCCCCAUGGCGGAUGACUAUUCAGACUCUCUCGUCAGCAAAAGGCAGGUGUCCGUCUGGUGUAGCAACGACUACCUCGGAAUGAGUCGCCACCCACGGGUGUGUGGGGCCGUCAUAGAUACUUUGAAACAAUAUGGUACUGGAGCUGGGGGUACUAGAAACAUUUCUGGAACUAGUAAAUUCCACGUGGACCUGGAGCAGGAGCUGGCUGACCUCCAUGGGAAAGAUGCAGCACUCUUAUUUUCCUCGUGCUUUGUGGCCAAUGACUCAACCCUCUUCACUCUGGCUAAAAUGAUGCCAGGCUGUGAGAUUUACUCUGAUUCUGGGAACCAUGCCUCCAUGAUCCAAGGGAUCCGGAACAGCGGAGUGCCCAAGUACAUCUUCCGCCACAAUGACGUCCACCACCUCCGAGAACUGCUGCAGAGGUCGGACCCCGCAGUCCCCAAGAUUGUCGCUUUUGAAACUGUGCAUUCCAUGGACGGGGCAGUGUGCCCACUGGAAGAGCUGUGUGAUGUGGCCCACGAGUUUGGAGCCAUCACCUUCGUGGAUGAGGUCCAUGCAGUGGGGCUGUAUGGGGCUCAAGGCGGAGGGAUUGGCGAUCGGGAUGGAGUUAUGCCAAAAAUGGACAUCAUUUCUGGAACUCUUGGCAAAGCCUUUGGCUGUGUUGGAGGGUACAUCGCCAGCACAAAUUCCCUGGUUGACACCAUCCGGUCCUACGCGGCUGGCUUCAUCUUCACCACCUCCCUGCCACCCAUGGUGCUGGCUGGAGCCCUGGAAUCUGUGCGGAUCCUCAAGAGUGCCGAGGGCCGGGCCCUCCGCCGCCAGCACCAGCGCAACGUCAAGCUCAUGAGGCAGAUGCUGAUGGAUGCCGGCCUCCCAGUCAUCCACUGCCCCAGUCACAUCAUCCCUGUCCGGGUUUCAGAUGCUGCUAAAAACACAGAGAUCUGUGAUGAACUAAUGAGUAGAUACAACAUCUACGUCCAAGCGAUCAAUCACCCCACGGUGCCCCGGGGGGAAGAGCUGCUGCGGAUCGCCCCCACGCCCCUUCACACCCCGCAGAUGAUGACCUACUUCGUUGGAAGGUGCAGUCAUUUGGGAAGCUCUGGGAGAGCCUGCUCACCACUCACUGCUCCCGCGCCCCCUUGUCUGAGUGACGCCAAGAUGCCCGACAAUCUGCUGGUUGCAUGGAAGCAAGUUGGGCUGGAACUCAAGCCACAUUCCUCAGCUGAGUGCAACUUCUGCAGGAGGCCACUGCAUUUUGAAGUGAUGAGCGAAAGAGAGAAAUCCUACUUCUCGGGUAUGAGCAAGUUGGUGUCUGCUCAGGCCUGAGUGUGCCACAACCUCAGUUACUCCUCCUGAGCCCAGUCCGGGCCAUGUUGCAUCCACAUAGUCUCUCCAGAGUUGUCUUUGUAUGUGAAUUAAAUUAUAUUAAAUUUUAGUCUAUGGUAAUCACAUAGUCCUGAAAAUAAAUUCUUGUCUAAGUCA